UGAAUUUAACCCUUUGUAUCACAGUUAUCAGAGUGUCAUCGAUUCGUUUUGUGUAUAAUUUAGUCCCACCUUUCAGUUACUUAGUAUUGCUCUGGUGACACUUUUGGGACUUGUAUAUUCGUAAAAAUGUCGACUGAUAAAAGGCCUCGAGUAAUCGUUUUUGACUUAGAUUAUACGUUAUGGCCGUUCUGGGUCGACACUCAUGUAACGCCUCCCUUCAGGAAAGGAAAAGGUGACAAAGUAGUAGACGCUCAAAAUCAUACAAUUAAAUACUACCCUGAAGUACCAGAGGUUCUAAAGGAGCUGGUAAAGGACGGUUAUGAACUAGGAGUAGCAUCGCGUACCACAGAAAUUCAGGGGGCCAAUCAACUGCUGAAGCUUUUCGGCUGGGAUAAGUAUUUCACAUACAAGGAAAUUUAUCCUGGUUGUAAAGUAACACAUUUUUCAAAAAUCCAAAAAAAUUCUGGCAUCAAUCUAGCUGAUAUGCUAUUUUUUGACGAUGAGGAUCGAAACAUCAAGGAUUUAACAAAAGUCGGAGUAAAAUCAAUUUUGGUUCGCAAUGGUGUCAAUAGAGAAGUUGUUCAAAAUGGUCUACAACAAUUUGCAAAGUAGUUUAAAUACUAGGCAAAUUCAAUAACUUAUUAUUUUUGAGCUGGCUUGAAAAUAUUUCAUUAACUCAAUUGACGCCUGUGUUUCAUUACAUAACAAAUUGAAAUAUUGUUCGAAUCGAUGUUUUAGCUAAAGUAAUUGAGAUUCAAUAAUGUAUAAUAUAAAAUUUAUUUACAAAUUUCAUUUUGUGAAUACAUUGAUAGAUGGGUAUAUGUAGACAUAUACGAUAUUUUAGUGGAAGAUUUAUAAACAAUUUGAUCGGUUCACCAAAAUUAUGUAUUAGCAAACAAACGAAAGAUGAAACGAAACAAUAAAACUUUGAACAAUGCUUCGGUAUUCGGUCUUCAUUCAUUGCUAAAAACAAGAGAUAAAUUCAAUCGUAUUCUUUCAUUAGCUGAUAAUACUGUACCGGACUGUUAAUAAAUGUGUUGUCAAUGUU